AUGAUGAACGGAGCAAAUAUUUCCGAUCGAAAUAAUGCCGAUAAAUCUGCUGUUUAUUUGGCAGCAGAAAAUGAUGCUAGUGAUGCUGCAGAAGCCCUUAUAUUACAUGGUGCAAAUGUUAAUGAAACAUAUAAUUACGGAGAAACAGUUCUUCAUAUUGCAGCAGAAUUAAAUCAAGAGAAUGUAGCAUCUGUUUUGGUUUCUCAUGGUGCAAUCAUCAACGCUAAAGAGUAUGAAAAUGGCUCAACCGCGCUUCAUAAAGCUGCAAUGAAAGGCAACACUAAUAUUGUGGAAAUUCUUCUUUCACAUGGGGCUGAUGUUAAUUCAAAAGAUUCUUCUCGGAAAACAGCUCUUGAUUAUGCAAAAGAAAAUGGCAAUGAGAAAAUUGCAGAACUUUUAAUAUCGAAUGGUGCAAUUCCCAAUUCAAUGGAUAAUUAA